AUGGCCGCCAACAGAAUACGCAGCAUGUUCCCCACCGCGCCGCGGAAGGGCGAAACCUUCGAGCUACGGAACGGGCUGAACUCGCAGUAUUCACACGAGAGGAAAGAAGCCAUUCGGAGUACUAUCGCGUCCAUGACGCUGGGGAAGGACGUAUCCGCCCUGUUUCCGGAUAUCAUCAAGAAUAUGGCAACGAGUGAUCUGGACCAGAAGAAGUUGGUGUAUCUAUACCUCAUGAACUAUGCAAAGACCCACCCCGACCUAUGUAUCCUCGCCGUCAACACCUUCGUUCAGGACUCGGAAGAUCCCAACCCGCUCAUCCGUGCGCUGGCGAUCCGAACCAUGGGCUGCAUCCGCGUCGACAAGAUCGUGGACUACAUGGAGGAGCCGCUGCGGAAGACACUGCGCGAUGAGUCACCGUAUGUCCGGAAGACGGCGGCGAUCUGUGUAGCGAAGUUUUUCGAUCUGAACCCGAAGGUGUGCAUCGAGAACGGGUUCCUAGAAAUCCUCCAGGAGAUGAUCGGUGACUCAAAUCCGAUGGUCGUGGCGAAUUCGGUGCAGGCGUUGUCGGAGAUUGGAGAGAGUGAUCCCGACACUAAUGCUCUCACUGUUACGCCGGCGACGCUAAAGAAGCUGUUGAUGGCGCUGAAUGAGUGUACUGAGUGGGGGCGAGUCACGAUUCUUACUACACUCUCGGACUACAGAACGGAGGACGUGAAAGAGAGGGAGCACAUCUGCGAGCGAGUGGUACCCCAGUUCCAGCACGUAAACCCUAGUGUGGUUUUGGCAGCCGUGAAGGUGGUGUUCUUGCACAUGCAGGGCAUCGGACCGGACAUGAUGAAGCAGUAUCUACGAAAGAUGGCGCCGCCGCUAGUGACACUCAUAUCUUCUCAGCCAGAGGUGCAGUACGUGGCCCUGCGGAACAUAAACCUCCUUCUUCAGGCGCAGCCCGACAUCCUGACAAAAGAGAUCCGCGUCUUCUUCUGUAAAUACAACGACCCGCCAUACGUCAAGCUCGAGAAGCUGGACAUCAUGAUCCGGAUAGCGAACGAGAAGAACAUCGACCAGCUCCUGAUGGAGCUCAAGGAGUAUGCACUGGAGGUUGAUAUGGACUUUGUCAAGCGCGCAGUCAAGGCUAUUGGGCAGUGCGCUAUCAAGAUUGAUUCUGCUGCGGAACGAUGUGUUACCGUGCUGUUGGAUCUUAUCAAUACCAAGGUUAACUACGUGGUGCAGGAGGCCAUUGUAGUGGUUAAGGACAUCUUCAGGAAGUACCCAGGAUACGAGGGAAUCAUUCCGAAGCUGUGCCAGAACAUCGACGAGAUUGACGAACCCAACGCACGAGGCGCGCUGAUCUGGAUUGUGGGAGAGUAUGCAGAGAAGAUCAACGACGCAGGCGAGAUUUUGGGGUCUUUCGUAGAGAGUUUCCAGGAUGAAUCCACCCAGGUCCAACUUCAAAUCAUCACUGCGGUCGUCAAACUCUUCCUCAAGACAUCGCAAACCCCCGCCAAACGCGACGAGGCACAGCAACUUCUGCAGACUGUUCUCAAGAACGCCACAUCGGAAUGCGACAACCCCGACAUCCGCGACCGCGCAUACAUCUACUGGCGACUUCUCUCCAUCAACCCGGACAACGAAAUCGCGCGGGAAGUAGUCCUGGCGGACAAGCCCGCCAUCACCUCGACCAUCCAAAACCUUCCGCAGGGGCUCCUCGAGCAGCUUCUCGCGGAGCUUUCCACUCUGGCCAGCGUAUACCACAAGCCUCCAUCGGCAUUCAUGGAAGCGCGCCGAGGCAAGGGGCUCGGAAUCCUCAUGAAGCGCGCCAUCGAGGAGCAACGCGAGAACGCCGCGGAAAAUCCCAUCACCGCCGCCACCGGCCAGAAGAACAAUAUCGAGAACUUGCUGGAUAUCGACUUUGACGGCGCGUCGCCUGCGACGCCAUCGGCCGCUACGCCGCCGCCGCCAGGUGGCCUCGCGGAUCUGAUGGGCUCCCCUGAGGUGCAGAGUCCGGUUGUGGGCGGUGGUAGUAAUAUGGAUGAUCUCUUUGGUCUCGGGAUGGGUGGGGGUGGAGGAGGAGGCGCUGGACUGUCGAACGGAUUCGAGGGCUUGGAUAUCGGCGGGACAGCCUCGCCAUCACAACAGCUGGGGAGUAAGAAGACCAAUCAGGAUAUCUUGGGCCUCUUUUAGUCGGAUGGAUGGAUGAGAGCGUUGCUUGCCUGCUUGCUUUGCUUACUUGUCUACUGUAUUUCCCGAGUUUGCGAUUACGUGCGAUACAUACAUGCGAAUAUGGGUGUAAUUGAGAAUAGAUUGGUGUCUGUCUGCAUCACGGGCGUCGGACUCUGCCCAGGCCCGCGCUAGAGGGACACUAUACCCCACUACUAGUUAGCCCCGCUAGUUAA